AUGUAUUGUAGAGGAGUAAUAGCACUCAAAGCAUCCGUUCUCCAAAGCUUCUCUUAUUUACUAGCUUCCAUCAGCUCUCAAGAAUCAAUUCAUAUAGAAACUCACACAGUGGCAUCACAGACCAUCCAGAGCUACCGCAAUGGCGCGGAUAUAUACAAUGGAGAUGCUUUCUGCAAGAAGAAAGCUAUCCAACUGCUCAAAGAGAUUGGUCUUCCAAAUGGUUUGUUUCCACUGGAUGACAUUGAAGAGUUUGGAUAUAACCACGAGGCAGGGUUUGUCUGGUUGAUUCAAAAGAAGAAGAAGGACCAUACAUUCAAGAAGAUCAAAAGAGCGGUGUCAUAUGCUCCUGAGGUGACUGCCUUUAAUGAGAAGGGUAAGAUGAAGAAGAUGACCGGAGUGAAGAUGAAAGAACUCAUGCUUUGCCUCUCUAUAGUUGAUAUGUAUAUCGACGAUCCUGCCUCCAAGAAGAUCACCUUCAAGACUGGCACUAGUCUUUCAGAUAGCUUCCCUGUGUCCGCAUUCGAGUUUGAAGAGUAG